CCCCCAGCGGCCGGGGUAGGGUGGCGGCUGGCCCAGCUGGGGCCCCGCCGCCCUCUGCCCCGGGUGCUCGGUCGGAGCCGGCCGGGGCGAGUGCGGCGGCUGGGGGCUCGCAGGCGAAGAUGGCGUCAGGCAGGCGCACCCCGCGCACCGGGCUGCUGGAACUGCGCUCUGGGGUGGCUUCGGGGGCCGGGGGUGAGCGGUGGCAGCGGGUGCUGCUCAGUCUAGCGGAGGACGCGUUGACCGUGAGCCCCGCCGACGGCGAGCCCGGCCCCGAGCCCGGCGCUCAGCGGGAGCUGGAGCCCGCGCAACUCAACGGCGCCGCGGAGCCCAGCGCGGCGCCCCCGCAGCUGCCCGAGGCUCUGCUGCUCCAGCGGCGCCGCGUGACGGUGCGCAAGGCCGACGCCGGCGGGCUGGGCAUCAGCAUCAAAGGUGGCCGGGAGAACAAGAUGCCUAUUCUCAUUUCCAAGAUCUUCAAGGGGCUGGCAGCUGACCAGACGGAGGCCCUGUUUGUGGGGGAUGCUAUCCUGUCCGUGAAUGGGGAGGAUUUGUCCUCUGCCACCCAUGACGAGGCGGUGCAGGCCCUCAAAAAGACAGGCAAGGAGGUGGCGCUGGAGGUCAAGUACAUGAAGGAAGUCUCACCGUAUUUCAAGAACUCUGCUGGUGGAACCUCAGUCAGCUGGGACUCACCCCCUGCUUCACCCCUCCAGCGGCAGCCUUCCUCCCCUGGUCCCCAAGCCCGGAACCUGAGCGAGGCCAAACAUGUGGCCUUGAAGAUGGCAUAUGUUUCAAGGAGGUGCGCUCCCACUGAUCCGGAACCCAGGUACCUGGAGAUCUGUGCAGCAGAUGGCCAAGACGCCCUCUUCUUGAGGGCUAAAGAUGAGGCUAGUGCAAGGUCGUGGGCAGGUGCCAUCCAAGCUCAGAUCAGUGCUCUGAUGCCCUGGGUCAAGGAUGAGCUACAGGCACUGCUGGCAGCCACAGGCACAGCUGGGAGCCAGGACAUCAAGCAGAUGGGCUGGUUGACUGAGCAGCUGCCCAGUGGGGGCACAGCCCCUACCCUGGCCCUGCUGACUGAAAAGGAACUGCUUCUCUACAGUUGUCUCCCCCAGACCCGUGAGGCUCUGAGCCGGCCCACCCGCACUGCCCCACUCAUCACCACCAGGCUAGUGCACUCAGGCCCCUCCAAGGGCUCAGUGCCCUACGAUGCUGAGCUGUCUUUUGCCCUGCGCACUGGCACGCGCCAUGGUGUGGACACUCACCUGUUCAGUGUGGAGUCGUCACAGGACCUGGCUGCCUGGACCCGACAGCUGGUGGAUGGCUGUCAUCGGGCUGCUGAGGGUGUGCAGGAGGUGUCUACAGCCUGCACGUGGAAUGGCCGCCCCUGCAGCUUCUCUGUGCACAUUGACAAGGGCUUUACACUGUGGGCAGCAGAGCCGGGUGCGGCCCGAGCUGUGCUGCUCCGGCAGCCCUUCGAGAAGCUGCAAAUGUCCUCCGAUGAUGGUGCCAGUCUUCUUUUCCUGGAUUUUGGGGGUGCUGAAGGCGAGAUUCAGUUGGACCUGCACUCGUGUCCCAAAACCAUGGUCUUCAUCAUCCACUCCUUCCUCUCAGCCAAAGUCACCCGUCUGGGGCUCUUGGCCUAGAAGCUGACAGAUGCACUAGCCCUGAAGAGAGGGCAUCCACUACCUGGCCUGACCUGGCCCUCUGCCCACUGCCUGUUCACUGCUGGGCUGAGGGAAAGGAGAGGAACAAGGGCCUCAGACCCAGCCCCUGAGGGAGGCCGGGACCCAGACCCAGGACACAGUGGACCUGUCUGUGAUGGGGCAGCCUUCUGCUGCCCGUCUCCAUCAGUGCCUUUUGCAGAGUGAUAUUUUGUGUACACAGAAGCCAUUCCGAGCCUGGGACCUGCCCCUGUGGGGACCCUGACCCCAGAGCUGAGCUGCCAGGCCUCCUAGAGGCCCCUAAGCCACCCCAGAGGCCCCAUCUGAACCUGGAGUCCCCUGGGUCAGAGGCAAGAGAAAGAGGAGAAGACUUGCUGCUCACUUUUCCCUUCAGCUCCACCACCGUGGGACAUCUGGUUUUUCUCUUCAUCCUCUCUCCUCCUUUUGGAUAAUAAAUAGCCUUUGAGUGCAUAGGUGGCCCAGCCC